AUGUUCGGAACGCGCCGCUUGCGGGUCGGGCCGGCUCGAGGAGCAGAUUUCCGUGGCACAGGCGAUGGCUUUUUGCAGCUGUCAGCCUGUCGCUUGGCUAGGCUGGGUGCCGCCGCUGCUGCGUUCGCGAUGCCCAUGACAGUGGGGGAAGCUUGGAGACAGCUGGGCAUCAAGCCGACCUCCUCCAAGGAGCAAAUCAAGAAGGCCUUCAAGGAGCGAAUCAGGCAAGUGCAUCCUGAUGUGACUGGAGACGAUGGCUCCAUGCUGCGAAAGGUGCAAGAUGCCUUCACCGUGCUAGAGCAGCUGAGGGAUCCCACGGUCUACGACAGUACGGCGGGAGACGGGCUGCCCCACUGGGCCACCGGCCUGCUGGAGGGCAUUACCUGGAGCUCCGACUGCCCCAGCUACGCCGACUUCCUGGAAAAGCCCGACUGCAAGGCCCUUGCCGUUGGCGAGAUCAGUCAGAAGACUGGGAUCCGCCCAUGGGCGGCUUCUUGGGGCAAAUUCUCCCAGCAGGAGGCGAACUCCGACGCGCUGCGCGUGUGCCGCCAAUUCGGCGUGAAGUGCCGGCUCAUCUAUGUGGGUAGCGGCACAGCGCGGGUUCGCACGGUGGGGCUGGAUAGCAACAGCGCCGAAGAGGAGAAGGACUGGUGGCGAUCACGAGUCCUGAAGAACGGCCAGCUGCCGGGGUUCGGCUGGAUGCCCACCAUCGAUCACUCCAAGGAGCGGCUGGUGGGAUGGAAGACCAUCACGGAGGGCAGCGAAGUCAUCGGGGAGAAGCGCAUCCGCGUCCCCGUCUUCGAGCCGGUCACUGGUGGCACGCCUUACCUGUAUGCGCCGGGCAAGCCAAAGCAGCGAGUUCAGCUGAAGCGCACUCCCUUCAAGCGCGUGCAGAGCCUGCAGCGCGAGGUGAAGCGAGACAAGCGGUCGCUUCUGCGGGAGCAUAUCAUGUCGAUGAGCCAGCAGAAGGACGGCUGGGUCAAUACAGCAGAUUUGCUCCGGCGGAAAGGCAAGGGAGAAAUGCUCUGA